AUGAGAUUAAGAUGCUGCUUCUCGAUUCGUAUCCGGUCGCUGACGAUGCGCGUCCCAGGUGCCGGAGAGUCGGGCAAGUCCACCAUCCUGAAGCAGAUGAAGCUGAUCCAUGAGGGCGGCUACUCGCGCGAGGAACGAGAGUCAUUCAAGGAAAUUAUCUUCAGCAACACCGUCCAGUCCAUGCGAGUCAUCCUCGAGGCCAUGGAAUCGUUGGAGCUGCCGCUCGCCGACCCCAGUUGCGAGUACCACGUCCAGACCAUCUUCAUGCAGCCCGCCCAGAUCGAAGGUGACACCCUCCCUCCGGAGGUUGGUGCUGCCAUUAAGGCCCUGUGGAAGGACGCCGGUGUCCAAGAGUGUUUCAGUCGAUCCCGUGAAUACCAGCUGAACGACUCGGCCAAAUACUACUUUGAUUCCAUUGACCGAAUUUGCCAGCCCGACUACCUGCCCACCGACCAGGAUGUCCUCCGUUCCCGUGUCAAGACCACUGGUAUCACUGAGACCACCUUCAUCAUUGGUGACCUGACCUACCGCAUGUUCGACGUCGGUGGUCAGCGUUCUGAGCGGAAGAGGUGGAUCCACUGCUUCGAGAACGUCACCACCAUUCUGUUCCUCGUCGCCAUCUCGGAAUACGACCAGCUCCUGUUCGAAGAUGAGACGGUGAACCGGAUGCAGGAAGCCCUGACCCUGUUCGACUCCAUUUGCAAUUCGCGCUGGUUCAUCAAGACCUCCAUUAUCCUCUUCCUGAACAAGAUCGACCGCUUCAAGGAGAAGCUCCCGGUCAGCCCGAUGAAGAACUACUUCCCGGAUUACGAGGGCGGUGCCGACUAUGCUGCCGCUUGUGACUACAUCCUCAACCGCUUCGUCUCGCUGAACCAGGCCGAGCAGAAGCAGAUCUACACUCACUUCACUUGUGCCACUGACACUACCCAGAUUCGAUUCGUUAUGGCUGCUGUCAACGAUAUCAUCAUCCAAGAGAACCUCAGAAUGUGUGGUCUGAUAUAA